UUUUUGUGUAUUUGACAUUUAUAACGUUAACCACUUAAAAAGUCAUAUUUCUGUUUCAUAACGUGUCUACUUAAGCUCAUUUUGAUUUGUUCAUUAUAUUAUGUAUAGAUUGUUGUACUUGUGUGUUUGUACCUUGAUGUUCAUUACAAGCAGUACAUGGACCCAAGGGGGAGGGUGUCAGAUGAGGGGACAGCUGGGUCAGGGGGGUCAGCAUGACGGAGUUUACGUUAUAAAUAAGAUUUGUCCAGCGCACAUCUUUUGCGGCAUCAGCUGCGCUGUGAACGUCAGCGCGUCUGUAGUUAUUAGUGAAAAGUCACUUUAAAGUCCCUCAAGGACAAUAACCAAGGAGUCCGGUGUUACGUGCCUACUGGUUUUUGAACCUACUGGUUUGGCUACACGUGCGUGUUUGUUUGUCAGAGCCACGUCUCCGUGAAGCACAACAUGGAGGAUGUAGAAAAGUCUCUGUCUCUCCUCACCAGCAGCUGAAGUUGCUCCAGUUUGUUGCUCAGGGGUUCAUCAAAUGAGAACAUACUGUAACGUUCUGUGCCAAUUAUGAGCCAGUUUAUCAUUACCCGGCUUUAUUGUUGACUGUUGUUGGCCACAGCCACGCCAUCCAAAAACACCACGGUUUUUUACACACCAGUAAGAACUACAACUUCCCAUAACUCACCGCAAUUCCCACUUCCGGUGUUCCCCAAAAACUACACAUAUUACCCCGGAAGGGGCGGUACCCCAACCCUGGCCCAAGUAACAGAGUAAGCAAUCAGAACCAUAUACACAUUUAGGAACUUAAGACAGGCUACAACAUAUAUUUGACAUAUUUUCUGCUGUAUAUUGUGGGGGCAGAUUGGUAUGUUCUCAAUAUUGGCGGGGCGGGGGGCCGACACGGCCCAAAGAAUGCGUGGUUACGCCCUUGCAAAUGUACUUUGAUUAACCGCUUGUUGCCAAACCUCAUUUUGAAAACCGGAUGUUGUCUCACGUGGAUCUUCGCGCUAACUUUGUCCUUCCUUGGUCAGUUUAAUUCUACAUACUGGUUGUGUUACACUCCUUUAUCUGUCUGCCUACUUGACCGCAUGUGGACACAAUACAUUAUCCGCUAACUGAGGGCACGCACACACGCACGCGCGGUGAACGAAACCAGCGGUGAGUGCUCCGCAGGGGAAGACCGGUCGGUGCGGUUCCUCCCUCCAGCAGGUAUGCGGUCUAACAGGUUCGUGAUGGGGCGGGUUUCAAGGAAAGCAGCCGCGUUGUUGAGGAAGUGUCCACCGGACUGACUGCGAUCAGGACAUCCACAUCCCCGACGGUGUCAAGAAGCCUCUAGCUGACGGACAGGUGUGUGUUGGGGCUCCUCCUUUGCUCUCUGCGAUGGCCGCCUGGUCAGCGCGGUGGAUCGCGGUGCUGUCCCUGCUGCAGCUGUCCCACGGCGCAGUCCACUCCAGACACGCUGCAGAUCCAGUGGUGGUGGGGCAUCAAUCCGCCAACUCCUUCCUGUCCCGCUCACUGCUCUACAACAGCUGGGACUUUGAGCUGGUGGUGCCCGGUAAUCUGGAGAGGGAGUGUCAGGAGGAGGUUUGCAGCUAUGAGGAGGCCCGAGAGGUGUUCGAGGACGACACCGACACGAAAGCCUUUUGGACCAACUACGUGAACAGUCACGGGAAUGCCCCCAGAGUGGAUGUGUCUGGGCUGGUGGCAGGGAUUGUGGCUUUCCUGGUGUCUGCUGGGAUUGCCACUGUGCUGGGAAUCUACUGCUACAAAAACAAGAAGAAAAGUGGACCGCGGUCGGCCCGAGCUCCGGUGAUGAUGGCGGCAGAUGGGCACCCCGCCCCAGAGACGGUACCCUUGGCUGGGAUCCUCCUCCCUCCGGCUCUACCCAGCUACAGCGAGGCGCUGCACCGUAGCGGACAACACGAUGCCCCACCACCUCCUUAUUCAGGGGGGGCGCCAUCGGAGCCUGCUGAUCCCGGAGACAACGCAUGAGAGGGCUCCUUGUUACAGUUGAUGGUGGAUUGAGUGAACUUUGUAUUUUAACAGUACCUAUAAGUGGAAAGCACAAUCCCAGAAUGCACUCCUCAGAGUGCAUGGCGUGCACAUCGUCAGUGCACUGAAUGUGAUGCUGUGAAGAGGGCACAGCUCCGGGUGUGGUUUCACUGUUACAUCACACUGUGUCAAUUCAUCAAUUCAUUGAUACUACAGGGUUUGUUUUUUAUUUAAUAAAUUACAUAAG